AUGUCAUCCGAAUGGCCCGAUGCACAAUUAUCAAACAUACAAAAAACUUUGCAAAAUAGUUGGCAAAUUCCUUAUAUAUCUUUGUAUGCACGAAUUUUUUGUGAUGCUUUUCAACUCUUCGAUUUUCAUCAAGAGGAAUUGGAAGAUGCUUUAUUAUCUGAUAAUCCAGAUGAAAUUCAUCCAUUUCUUCAAGAACUUCUUAUAUCAUUACUUUCCGGAUUAACACGUUUACAUGUCAAUUCGGGUAAUAUGUUUAUGAUGUUAAGCAAUGUACUCAAACGAUGUGAUCUGACUAUUGAUUCUUCUAUUUCAUCAUUUGUUAUGACAAUAUCCGAUGAUACAAUAUCAACAACUGAAUGGAAAGAAAUGGGAAUCUUCGAAAAAGUUACAGUAUUGCGUUCUUUAUGUGACUCAAGACUUAAUCGACCUGAUAUUGAACAAGUUACAGAAAAUAUGCCAGCUGAUUCACUUCGCUUUGAACCAUUUGGUGAGGAUUCACGUGGAAAUAAAUUAUGGUAUUUUGGCGAUACUCGUCUUUAUAUUGAUUCAUCGAGUAAAGAUACUGAAACAUCAACAUGGGAAUGUGUAUGUCGUACAUUAGAUGAAUGGAAUUUAUUUAUUGAAAAUUUUCGUAAAACAUGUUCGAGAAAAAAUUCAAGUCUUAAAGAUCGAAAAUUAUUAGAACGUUUAGUAACUUUAAUUACUGAAUUACCUGAAAUAUAUGCACGUAAAGAACGUGAUAGACAACGUCGUUGGACAUCUUAUGAACCAAAACGUUCAUCAACACGUCUUGAAGCUAAACGACAGCAACGUCUUGAAUUCGAAGAAAUAACACAAGAACAAAAAACACGACAUGAAAAAUUUCUUGAAUUUAAACGUCGACAAGAAGAAACAAUUGCAAAAGAAAAAGAACGUUUAGAACGUAAUGAACGUGUCAAACGAAGAGAAGAACGUGCUGAUCGUAUUCGACGACGUGCAGCAGCUGGAUCAUUAACAGGUAUUGCUGAUGGUUCAGAAUUAUCAGAAAAUAGCAAUGAAUCAUCAGCAUUAAAUGAUGAAUCUAGUAAUCGAUUAGACACCAGUGAUGUACAUCAAAAAGUAAUAACUUUAUUACGAACAAAUGAGAACAGUUGGCCAUUUCUUGAACCUGUUACUGAAGAAUUAGCACCUAAUUAUUUCACAAUUAUAGAAAAUCCAAUUGAUCUAUCAACAAUACAAGAAAAAAUAAAUAAUAAAAUUUAUGUUAAUAAUUCUUCGGAAUUUAUUCGAGAUAUUGAAUUAAUGGUAGCUAAUUGCGAACAGUACAAUGGCAAACGAAGCAUUAUGGGUCGAUUAGCGAAUCGUCUUCUUCGUUAUUUUAAAGAAUGUUGGUCGGAAUGUCAACCGAUGACACCACACUUUGAUGAUGAUAUUGAUGAUUUUAAUCCACUAAAAAGACGUUUACAUGAAUCAACAUCAACAACAAUAACUCGAGAUAAAAAUAAUAAUACAAGACCAAGAAAAAAUUAUCGACAACUAGCUGGUUUAAGUGAUGAUGAUAAUGAUGAUGAAGCCGAAUAUGUUCCAAUACCAAGUUCAAAACGCGCACGUCAUUCAACAACAUCUGUGCCAAUAUAUAUAACAAUUGAUCCAAAUUCUCCUGCAUCUAUUGUAUAUCAUGAUCAUUCAUAUUUUAUUCGUCAUGAAUCAACAAAUUCAUCAACAGAUAAUAUACAUAAACGUAAAUCAUCAUUAUCAAAUACGAAAUCUUCAAUAAAUAAUAAUAAUAAUCAAUCUCAAAAUCAACCACAACAACAAACUUCUUUACCAACUGUACAAGUUCUUAAUCGAUUACUUCUUGAACAUCAACAAAAAACAAAAAAUUCAUCAACGAAUUCAUCUAUAAAUCCUUCAACAUCAUCGACAAAUAGUAUAGAUUUUAGUGCUAUCCUUCGUGCACUGUUAGCUAAACAAGGUCAACAUAUAACAACAGUGGAAAAAAAUGUUGAUCAUAAUACAGAAAAUACUCUUUCAUCAUCCCAAUCUGUUAUUACUUCUCAAAUACAAUCUGAUUCAUUAACAUAA